UGGGUAUAUAAUACAGUGAAUUUUACGAAUUUAACGUAGUCUUUGAAACUAUAUCCAAUAUGCGUAUCAUAAUUUUUUUCUUUAUUCUAUACAAUGUAUUUUGCUUAACUUAUUCAUAUUUUGAUAUAUAUAAUUUUGAAGACAAUGGUCGUCCAGCAGAUAAUACAGCACGUGUGGAAGAAGAAACCUUCGAUAAUAUAUAUCAAGCGGCCUAUAAAUGUCAUAGAUCUCUUGAAGUCUGUUUGACAGAGGCAGAUUUUAAUCAUGAUGUACAAAACAGAUGUUUUGAGAUGUGCGUAACACAAUUGAGUGAAUCAAAAUUUGUUUGUAACAAGAAAACAUUAAGUGAUAGUUGCCAUAAUGAAACAAGUUCCAACUCAAAUUAUUAUAGUUAUAAUUAUUAUAAUGUAAACUAGCGUAACAAUGGGGGAUGAAUAAUUAAUUUAUAAACGAAAUUAUUUUUUAUUUGAAAAUUAACGCUAAAUAAAUGUAUUAUAUUUAAUGAAAUAAAUUAUUUACUGUUCAAAAUUA